ACUCAGAGAAUCUUUCCACUACAACUCAGCUGAACACACAUCUCCCGUCAGCAUGUCCUACAACCGCUGCUCUGAAAACUUCUCCUCCCGCUCCUGUGGGGGCUACCUGCGCUACCCAGGCUCCUCCUGUGGCUCUUCCUACCCCAGAAACCUGGUCUACAGCACUGAGCUCUGCUCUCCCAGCACCUGCCAGCUGGGUUCCUCUCUCUACAGGGGCUGUCAGGAGGCCUGCUGGGAGCCUACCAGCUACCAGACAUCCUGUGUGGAGUCCAGCCCCUGUCAGACCUCCUGCUACCGCCCCAGGACAUCCACGCUCUUCAGUCCCUGCCAGACGACUUACUCUGUGCCUCUAGGCUUUGGUUCCAGCAGCUGCCGCCCCCUGGGCUAUGGAUCUAGGAGCUGCUACUCAGUGGACUGUGGAUCCAGUGGCUUCAGAUCCCUGGGUUAUGGAGGCUGUGGCUUCCCUUCCCUGGGCUAUGGAUCUGGAUUCUGCCGCCCAACCUACCUGGCUUCUAGGAGUUGCCAGUCUUCUUGUUACAGACCAGCCUAUGGAUCAACCUCCUGUAGAUCAACUUGCUGAAUUUCCAGACCUUUUAAGCAAAAUGUCUCGGUCUCUAUGUAGAGCUGCUAUCAUAGGCUUUUCCAGUCAUGUGAGCUAACUAACCCCUCUUACCACCAGCUCUUUAUCCUUUCUCUGGCAUCAAGUACUGGCUGGACAGGCUAGUUCUUCAGAUUGUGAAAUUAAUGAAUGACCAAAAUAUAGAGUCAAAUGUCUAUCAUUUUGAAACAAGUGAUUCAUUAUUAUGUAAGUUAAUCUUAUAAAGUAUAUGGAAGUUCAGUUUUGUCUCACCUAAUAAAUUCAUUUACUGUUGA